GACGUUCCGCAUCCAGGGUUUUAUUACUUCUUUGGAUGAUUCGCUCAUCGCAACCUGAAUUAAUUAGAAUAUUAUCAAACGAUGGUUCAAGAUCGCAAGAAAGAUGCGACUUACGGCUUUACGACCGGAGUAAUGGAUAUGAAAGCGAAAAAUGGUAUUGUGCGAAAAUCCACAGCGAGGGCUUUUGACUCUGUUCGUUCGACCAGUAGUUUUAUCUAUUCCAACUCAUCUGGCGGAGAGGAAACAGAAUUUGAGGUCGACGAUGAAAUGCCAGACGAUGAUGAGAUCGAGGAACGGUUUUCUGUCCUUCUGGAAAAAAUGGCUUUACCACCAGCUAGAGCAGCUGAACUUUCMAAAAGUCCCAAAUCACACAAAUGGAAGAUGAUUAAAGCGAAAGAGCAAAUGGAGCCCAAGUAUUCGUCUGGAUUCUACAUCGAGCAGCUGAGAGGACAUCGUCAAGUKKCUACUGACAGACACAGUGCCUCAUCKAAACGWGCAGCAAAGUCACUAGAACCAGUUGAAAUGAUCCUGAGAUCGUUAGAGGUCGACCUACGGACACACCCCAAUACAACAUGGCUAAGAGAGUUUAUUGACGAUCCUUAUCGUGGUCAUAUUGCWCUYAUUGAAUUUCUUGAACACCUUCAUCUUAACCCUCCACACAAAGACACUCCUAUACCACAGGAACUCCAAUCCGAGACCGAACGAUCACGUGGAAGAGGGCAGACUGGUAGUAUGAGAUCUUUGAAGGGCGAGACUUUUGCAAGAAGCUAUAUUGAUGAGCAUCUGUGUCUGCAAGGUCUGCGAGUUCUAAUGAAAAACAAGUAUGGUUUCCAGUCCGUCAUGAGCGUACCUGAUACUGUAAAAGCCAUCAUUCUUUGUCUUAAAAUCAACAGUCGUAAAACGCAGGCCCUUGUUAUUCGUAUGUUGACGCAAAUCUGCAGUGAGAUCGAAUACUACGAUAGAAUCAUCGAUGCCGUACGUUUCUUCAUGAAGACAUCGCGAGAAUCAAAACCAUUUGAGACCAUCGUGUCUUUGAUCUUCAAAAAACCGAUAUCGCCGUCUUUUCAGGCCAUUUGCCUGACGUUUUUUAACAAGUUCAUCAAUUGCUGCCCAUCUUUCAAUGUCAAAGUCUUUCACCAACAAGAGAUCGAGAAUGCAGGAUUGGAUCCAGACAAAGUUGAACAGACUCUUGAAGGAGUUGAAGCCAAAUCAGUUCGCGACGCCUUGAAAACAUGGCGAAGCAGCUACAUCAACGUACAGAAUGUUGUUGAUGAAUUUGUCACGUUGCGAGAGAGAACCAAGUACUUGCGUGACGAGGUUGAUCUACUGACGUCCAAACUAGAGGAAGCAGAGAAAUCUCAAGUUGACACCAAAAAAAGGAAUGAAGAGCUAGAAGGUGUUGCUGAAGAAUACAGACUACGAACAACAGAAYUACAGACAACACUAGAGAAUCUUGUGAAACAAGUGAAACAUGACGCAGAGGCCGUUCCAGAAGAUCUGAUCACUACACUCUCUGAGGCAGCAGCAGCAGCUGUUGUACCGGAAGCACCACCUCCUCCCCCKCCACCACCCCCACCGGCACCGAUGAAUGAUUUGAAUGCACCUGAAUCGCUGCCCAAUAUGCAUUACUGGGAUAGUUACUCCGAAAACUCAUUGCAUUUGAGAAAACGCUUUCAACACAAAGCCAUUCGUCUUCCUCUACUGAACUGGAUGCCAAUACUGAAUGAAGUCGAGGACUCGAUAUUCAAGGCUGUUAGAGAUGAGGACGUCAUCAAUGACAUGGAUUUUGAUGAUUUUGAUCGACGAUUUGAAAUCAAGGCAAGCGAUGCUGUCGAGGAAGUCCAGGCCAAGAGAGAAAACGCUGUGAAACGAGCCGCUGAACAGAUUACCGUCUUGGACUCCAAGCGCGCAAGGAAUCUUGUUAUUGCUCGGCAUCGAAUUAAACAUCCUACUGAUGAAAUAAAGAAGUUUGUCGAUAGCUGUGAUUUGGUGGAGCUCCCCCCGGAACACGCUGAAUUAYUGCUCAAGUUUGUCCCUACUAAAGAAGAGUUGGCUGGUCUAUCGCGACAUGCUUCAGAGUUUGACAGGAUGUCCGAGGCAGAUCAAUUCAUGUUUCAAAUGGCUCAAGUUGAACGUUACGAGUCCAAGCUGGGCGUUAUGGCUUUCAUGGGGGUAUUUGAAGAGCUUAUGGGAACUGUAGUACCUGAAAUUGACGCUGUYCUGCGAGCUGGAACAUCGAUUUACAACAGUAACAAGUUGAAGAAACUUUUUAAGAUUAUUCUUAUCUAUGGUAACUACAUGAACAGUAGUAGACGUGGUAUGGCGCUUGGCUUCAAGCUGGAAUCAUUGUACAAGAUGGAAGACACGAGGACAACUGAUCGCAAACAGACAUUCCUGCAGUACCUCGUAGAAACCGUACGUCGAAAUUUCCCAGAAAUCAGCAAUUUUUACGAAGACCUUCAUCUUGAAGGGGCCACGCAAGUGUCCAUUCAGACUUUGGCUGCUGAUGUUCAGGGUCUCAGAAAGGGCUUGGAUCUCACCAAAUCAGAGAAGGACAAACAACCAAAUAAUUUCGUGAUUUUUAAUUUCUACAACGGCGCCUUCCGUAAAGUACAUCGCGUCACGGAACGUUUCCGUAAGAUGGAAGAGACGUACUCUCAAGUUUGCCAUCUUUUUUCUGAAGACCCGAAAACCCGCGAACCAUCAGACUUCUUUAAGACGUUCGUUGAUUUUAUUGCUAUGUACAAGAAAGCGGAGAGGGAAUUCGACCAGCAAAAACGGCACGGCUAUUCAGGAGCGACCAAGAUGUUUGAUUAUCAUGGUAUGGCGUUGGAGGCCGCUAACGAGGCCAAGAGGCGUUCACACUACAACAAUGGUUAUGAACCAACCAUUAUUUCUAUAUAAUAUAUCCUUUGUUUUAAACAACCAAUAAGCAUUCUUGUACCCAGACCUUCUUCGCUUUCAAUCAAAGCCUGAAAAUUAAACCAAACGAUAACAAAAA